AUGGCCGAAAACGCAGCGUCAGCCAUGGCGGGAGCGACGAGAACGCUUUCGGAACUUGCGAAGAGGAUAUAUAUCCCAUUAACGGCGACAAGCCCGCCAGGCCUGGUAGAAGCGAAUACAGUCGACCCGUGGAGUCAAUCGGGGAAGUAUGGGUUAGGAUGGACUUACUUCAGUCUCGCGCUAAUGGCGCUGGUGGUAUUGGUACGGAUAUGGCAUUGGUGGCAAGAUAAAAUUCGACAGGCGAUAUAUAAACAAGAGGUGGAACAACAUUACCGAGAUAUAUACAGCCUCGACCCCGAGUAUGCGCUGCCGACAACCAUGUACACGGGCCAAACCGGAAGACAGUUCUUCCCCGAGGAAGCCGGAGUUGGCGAGAAGAAGGAUUUUAAGCCGAAGUCUGACUUCUCCGCCGUUGGGCCCGUCUUAGACACGCUCGCUCUCUUUAGAUGGGUCUUCUAUAGACCCAUACCGGACAUCGUGUGGAAGAAACACCGGUUUACGUUUUCGUCGCUUGCCGUCUUGUUCGUCGGGUUCGUCGCGCUCGCAUUCGUGUCCCUGUACGUGUUCCUUAAGCAGCCGCUUUACUGGGAUAGCAUCCAGUACGGUUCGCCUCCCGUGGCGAUCCGUGCGGGUAUGAUCGCGAUUGCUAUGACCCCUUGGAUUGUCGCGACUAGCAUGAAGGCGAACUUGCUCACGCUUAUCACGGGGAUUGGGCCGGAGCGACUUAACGUUUUUCACAGAUGGGCGGGAUACUUGUGCCUAUUCCUUGUUUUGGUACAUACCAUUCCGUUUUAUAUCCAGCCUGUCUGGGAUGAUGGCGGUAUGAUGGUUUUCUCGAAGUUAUUCCCCGAGGGAAGUGGUGUUAUCUAUGGUACUGGUAUCGCAUGCCUGGUCCCGCUCCUUUGGCUCUGCGUUGCCUCACUCCCUUUUAUUCGUAGGAUGGCUUACGAAGUUUUCGUUACACUCCACGUCCCGGUCGGGUUCGUGUACCUUGGCUGCCUCUUCUGGCAUACAAAAAACUACUUGGCGUCUUGGGACUACUUAUACGCUACGAUAGCUAUCUGGGUGCUGUGCUAUUUCAUCCGAGUAUUCAAGCUUAACUGGGUCAAGCCGUGGCGAAUGUCGUUUUUGGUGGGAGACGAGGCAGCUAUCACUCUGAUGACCGAGAACGCUAUUAAGAUAACGAUUCCUACGCAGAUGAAAUGGAAGCCCGGGCAGUAUGUCUAUCUACGGAUGCCUGGCAUAUCAUUCCUUGAUAAUCAUCCGUUUACCAUCUCGUCGCUUUGUAGCGAGGACUUCCCUUCCGAAUAUGGCGAGCAGUAUAGAGACUGCACCUUGGUAUUUAAACCCUAUGGCGGGUUUACGCGACGAGUGUUGGAAACUGCUAUUGAUAAGGGACCUUUUCAUACGUAUCGGGCGUAUCUUGAUGGCCCGUAUGGAGGCAUGCGCCGGGAGCUGGCUGCAUUCGAUACAUGCAUUCUGAUUGCCGGUGGAAGCGGUGUGACUGCGCUCAUGUCGCAGUUAUUGAAUUUGAUCAAGCGUAUGAGAGAUGGAAAGGCCAUUACUAAGAAAGUAGUAGUCGUAUGGGCUCUUAAACGACUUGAGGCGAUGGAUUGGUUCCGAGAAGAGUUGCGUAUUUGCCGAGACUCUGCACCGCCGGAGAGUGUGACGUGCAAGUUCUUCGUCACUGCAGCUAAGAGACAGUCUCGAGCCCCGCCUCCUCGUGAGCGCGGACCCCGGCCACUUAGCAAUAUGUUUCAUGAUAGAUUAGACGGAUUCGUGGCGGGUAUUGCCUCGAAGCGCAAUUCCCAACUAAUAAGGGAUGAAGCGCAGGGUAACCCAGACUACGAGCGUGAGCUGCGGGCAGAGGAUGAAGACAGAAUUACUGCCCUUCCCCAACCAAAAUACCUGCAGCCACAUCACAUCCCGCCACAAGGUCCACCGCCUUCAAAUCGCCUCUCUGCUCAAGAGGAGUCUCUUCGCAGACUCGAGGGUCGGGAUCUUAGCGAUACCGAAAUUCAAGAGCAACCGGCCCCGGCCCCUACGGACGAAUACCCCGAAGACAAGCCUAAGCGGGAAUUCCACUUCCCACCGCUACAGACGCACCCGGACAAGCAACCGCAUUUUAACUACGCGCCGCCGUCACCGCGGCGAUUCCCGCCCACUCCCAGUCCGGAAAACGUUUCGGGGGAGCCUUCUGAACCUGUCCUAAGACCACCCGAGUUCGCUCACCUACGCACAACAAAUCUACCUCCAGCACCACCCCCGCAAGCACGUCCUACAUCGACGUUCGGCCCGCCAUCCGGGUUCGACUUCGGGUUUCCGGAGACGCCGACGGAGUUCCAAAAGAGCCUGAUGCGGUUCGCGUUUCCAGUGCCGCACCAGAUCGACGGGGGGUGGAGCGUCGAGUACGGGCGACCGGAUCUGGGCUACAUGCUGCGGGAGUGGACAACGGGGGGUUCGGACGGGAGAGGGAUUCUAGGUAGGAGGACGGCCGUGUUUGUCUGUGGUCCACCGAGCAUGAGAGAAGGUGUUGCGACGACCGUGGCUAGGCUGCAGGCGGAGAUUUGGGGCGAUCCGAUGCUUGAAGAGAUUUUCUUGCAUACGGAGAAUUAUGCCCUAUAA